AUGACUCGGCGCCUCAUCGAACGACCAGCGCAAAUCUACUCCUCUUCUCUGGGCGGCUCCUUCAGACCAACUUACACCGACACCGAAUCGCCCAUCAGUCCCUCGAAAAAGACAUCCCUCACCAUCAUCACAACCUCCCUCCUCAUCCCCGGCGACGGCGAACCCAUCAAAGAUGCCGCCCUCGUCAUAUCCUCAAAGCUCAUCGCCUGGGUCGGCCCACAGUCGUCCAUCCCCCAGGAGUACACAGACUCCCAUCACAAGUCCCACUCCAUCCCUUACCUGAUGCCCGGUCUCUGGGACUGUCAUGCUCACUUUGGCGGAGAAUCUCUCGAUGCAGGAUCAAACGGCGACCCGUACCAGGUCUUCAUCACCGAGCACCCCGCCGCGUCCGGCGCCCGACUCACACGCAUGUGCUGGCUGGCUCUGCAGAGAGGAUACACAUCCCUCCGCGACGUGGCGGGCAUGGGCUGCGAAAUCUCCCGCGCCAUCGAGGACGGCAUGAUCGUGGGGCCCAAUGUCUACAGCUCCGGCGCGGGUAUCAGCCAGCUGGCUGGCCACGGCGACGUCUUCUCCCUUCCGGCCGGAGACGUGUUGCUCAACCUCGGCGUGUCGCAAGUCACUGCGGGCCAUUUCGGCACUGCGACGAGCAUGAUUGCGGACGGUGUCGAUGAGUGCCGCCGCGCAGUACGUUUGCAGAUUCGGCGAGGGGCAAAGUGCAUCAAGGUCAUGGCUUCUGGCGGCGUCAUGUCCCGCGAUGAUAACCCGCUCUACGCGCAGUUCAGCGCUUCGGAACUCGAGACCAUCGUGGAGGAGGCAAACAGGCAGAAUCGCGUGGUCGCGGCGCAUGUCCAUGGCAAGCCUGGCAUUAUGGCCGCCAUCAAGGCCGGCGUUACAACGUUGGAGCACGUCUCCUUUGCGGACCGCGAGUGUAUCGACUUGAUGAAGGAGAAGGGCAUUAUCUACAUUGCCACGCGUCUAGUCAUGGACUUGCUCCUCGGCACCGGGGGGAAGGGGAUACCUCCCACGGCGUGGGAAAAGGUUAAGUUGUGUGCCACAAGCCACAUGGUGGCGUACAAGAUGGCGAUAGAAGCCGGUAUCCCGAUUGCCCUGGGUACAGAUACCGGGCCCGGGUUCAAUAUGGCGAUGGAACUGGAGGCGGCCGUGAAAGCUGGGAUGAGCAACUUGGAGGCUAUCAAGGCAGCGACAGCCAACGGGCCGCUCAGCGUGGGUGGGCAGGCGCCCAAGACGGGGCAGCUGAAGGCUGGCUACGAGGCAGAUGUCCUUGGUCUGUUAGAGAAUCCGGUAGAAGAUGUCAGGGUGCUGCAAAAGAUUGAGAAUGUCGCAUGGGUCUGGAAGGGAGGUUCUCUCUUCAAGGGGCCUGGUGUUGGGCCAUGGGGCGAAGAUCCUAGUCCCUUUGACGAGUGGUCUGCGGCCACAUACAUCCGUUCGUAA